CUUUUACCGGUUUAUCAAAUUUUAUAUUUUUAAUUAAUUUAUAUUAAUUGUCUUUUUUUGUGCAGAUUAAAAAAUAAGAUGAUUUCGCUUUGUAUAACGUUGAUAUCUCAUACGUUUUAAUCGUAAAGUUUCAUAAUCGCAUCGUUGCACACAGUUUUUCAAAAUGGCCACGCUUGGUCGCCUUGCAUCGCAAAUUAGAAAAAAUUUUAUUAUUACGAAUUAUAACAGAGCUAUAUCAUUAUCUGCGACAGCACGCAUUAAAGAAAUAACCGAAAAGAAGGAUGGAAAUAAUAUAAUUAUUGAAGCUACGAUACGCCCUCAAAAAGACAGACACUUAUUGAUAAAACCUAAAGAAACAGUUUGUCCUAUAUGUUCCACCGGUCUUGAUAUUAAACAUACUGAUGUUCUCAUAUUAAGUCAAUUUGUAAGAUCGGACGGAUGUAUGUUACCAAGUAGAAUUACCGGUUUAUGCAACACGCAACAAAAAAGGAUAACUACUAUGGUUGCUAUGGCACAGAAAGCAGGUUUGAUGCCUAAUUUAGCUCCAAAAAGAAGUAAAAAAGAUCCUAAGAAAAGAUAUCAGUGGAAAAAAUUUAAUACAUAUUUCGACGAGAAAACUAUUAGAUAUAAGUAUUUAUAAUUAUUAAUAUUAUAAGUACUAAAUAGUAAUAAACAAAUAUUUUAAUCUGAAAUGUAUAUAAAAAUCAAAUAUCAAAAUUUAUCUUUAAA